UAAGACACUUGACUUUGUUGUACCACUAUAAUGAGUACAAAUUUUAAAAAUUAUUUUUUAUUUGAAAGAGUAGGAGAAUUUAUUUUUUUUACACACAUAAACCCAAGGAGAGUAGAUGUAACAUGCUACCUCUCUUUCUCUGUGUAUAUAACUAUAUAUAUUACGGAGUAUCUGAUUGGCUCCGGCCAUCCUCAAGAGAGACCUUAUUUUAAUUAAUUCACGGAGAAUAUUAAAACGUAGAUAAGAGAUGGGAACGCUCCCGCCGCCGCCGCCGGCGGACUUCAACUUCGACAGUGCAUGCAACACCCCUUACAUCAGUGCUCCUUCCAGUCCUCGGCGUUUUGCUACCGCCGGCGCAUCUCCGGAGGAAGAAGAAGACAUCAUCUGUGAUGAUUUUGAUUUUGAAUUCAGCGGGCCGCUAGGAAAGACUUAUUUUUCGGCCGCCGACGAGCUCUUCGACUCCGGCAAGAUUAAACCUCUGAAGCCUCAAUCUCAGCCGCAAAACAUCAGAGAAUCUCCGGCGGCGGAAUCGGCGCUCGGAGAAGAGAGCCGGCGACGAAGAGGAAGGGAACCUCGUCCUUCCGUUAAUCCUCGUCACAAAUCGACGAGAUCUCUGUCCCCGUUUCGGGUGUCGGAUUUGCUAUUCGACCACCAGAAACAGAGCAUCGCCGGAGAAAAUAUAAAUUCCCCUGUUUCUCCGCCCCCCUCGUUUCUCUCAACGGUUUUCUCGGGGAAAUGGAAACUGAAAGAUCUGUUUCUGUUCAGAAGCGCGUCGGAAGGACGGGCGAGUAGCGCCACGCAGGCGAUGAAGAAAUACACGGCGGCGGCGGCGGAGGAAGAGGACGGAUCUUCAGGGUCGUCGGUCUCGAGGAGACGGAGGAGGAGGCCGGCUGCGGCGGAGAGUCGCGAGCUGCGGCAUUACACGAUGCGGCGGACGACGGUGUCGGAGGAGCUGAAGAGGAAGACUUCCUUGCCGUACAAGCAAGGGCUAUUGGGCUGCUUGGGCCUCUAUAAUCAGUCGGCCCAUUACGACUUUUCUGUCAGAGGUAGUACCCGUAGUAGUUUUGCUUAUACGUCUAUGUCCGAUCGCUAGCCACCUCCUAAUACGGAGUAUUAAAUAAAAUACAUUAUUUUAUUUUAUUUUAAAAUAAUUGUAAAGCUUUAAAAUAAAAUGUAUUAUUCAAAACUAGUUAAAAAACAAUUUUAAAACCAAAGGUGAUAUAAUUAUGUUAUUUAAUUACAUUAAAAACAAAGUAUACAAAAUUAAAAGAUACUCCGUAGGAUAUACUUUAAUUUGAUCCUGUACUACGUGAACCGUAAUUAUAUUUUUUCUCAAUCCCCAAUUAGAUUAUUAGAAGUUUUUCAUUAUGAAGUAAAACACUUGUAUUUUC